CCCACUCCCUGCCCGCAUCCCAGGGUAUCUUGCCAUCCUGGGGGUUCUCUGUGCCUCUCAGCUUCCUGUCUACCUGCCUCCUCCCUCCCGGCAGGUUUGUUGGGCAUCCAUCCUUUUCUGCCUGGGCAUCCCCCCACCGCCGCUAUCUUCGCCACUGUCUCUUCUUCUGUCUCCUCCUCUUCCCACCCUCUCCUCUCCUCUCUUCUCCCUGCCCCUUUAAAUCUGCCUGGCCCAGCCUCCCCCGUGAUGCUGGGAUGGAGCAAACAUUGAUUUGUGCUGGGAUGGAAUCGGAAUUUUGAUAUUUUUUCCUCUCACAACCAUAAGAAGAAAAAAAUAAUAAAAACACCCUCUCUUGGUUGCCCCCUCUCCCUUCCCAUCCAGUUCCCAGCUCCUCUUCCCUAGCUCCAUCCAAGGCGGAUUUUUUUUUUCUCUACACUAUUCUCAUCUCCCCCCACACCCCUGCCACUACCUUGCCCCCCCCCUCCCCGCCUGCUCCUCCAGCUGGGGAGAGAGGGGACUCUCUCCUUCGGCUCCCCCACCUUCGCUCUCUGGGUAGGAGCAGUCUCUCCGGAAGGGGAGGGGGCUUGGCUUGUGCGGGCGAGGUGGGAGUGGAGGUAUCCUGCCAUGGACGCCGAGCCUGGGAGGCUGCCUGAACCCCAGCCCACAUGCCACUCAGGAUGAGGGUCCGGCCCUGUCAGCCCGCGCUGGGGCCCCCCCGCCCGGCCCCGGUCUAACUGCCCCCGCCCCCAGGCCUCGCCCGGCUCCCAGGCCCCCAGCCGGCUCUCCAGCCCCAGGAUGCGCUGAGCCGCCGGGGGGCUGAGGCCGCGCCAACUACAUGCAUGUCCCCCGGGGGCAAGUUCGACUUUGACGACGGGGGCUGCUACGUGGGGGGCUGGGAGGCGGGGCGGGCACAUGGCUACGGCGUGUGCACGGGGCCCGGCGCCCAGGGCGAGUACAGCGGCUGCUGGGCGCACGGCUUCGAGUCACUGGGCGUCUUCACGGGGCCCGGCGGACACAGCUACCAGGGCCACUGGCAGCAGGGCAAGCGCGAAGGGCUGGGCGUGGAGCGCAAGAGCCGCUGGACAUACCGCGGCGAGUGGCUGGGCGGGCUAAAGGGGCGCAGCGGCGUGUGGGAGAGCGUGUCCGGCCUGCGCUACGCCGGGCUCUGGAAGGACGGCUUCCAGGACGGCUACGGCACCGAGACCUACUCCGACGGAGGCACCUACCAGGGUCAGUGGCAGGCGGGGAAGCGCCACGGCUACGGGGUGCGCCAGAGCGUGCCCUACCAUCAGGCGGCGCUGCUGCGCUCGCCCCGCCGCACCUCUCUGGACUCUGGCCACAGCGACCCCCCGACGCCGCCCCCGCCCCUGCCCCUGCCAGGCGACGAGGGAGGCAGCCCGGCCUCCGGCUCCCGGGGCGGAUUCGUGCUGGCCGGGCCCGGGGACACUGACGGCGCGUCCUCCCGCAAGCGCACCCCCGCGGCCAGCGGCUUCUUCCGCCGCUCGCUGCUGCUCAGCGGGCUCCGGGCAGGCGGGCGCCGCAGCUCCUUGGGCAGCAAGCGGGGCUCCCUGCGCAGCGAGGUGAGCAGCGAGGUGGGCAGCACAGGACCCCUGGGCUCCGAGGCCAGCGGGCCCCCGGCCCCAGCGCCGCCCGCCCUCAUCGAGGGCUCCGCCACUGAGGUGUAUGCGGGCGAAUGGCGCGCGGACCGGCGCAGCGGCUACGGCGUGAGCCAGCGCUCAAACGGGCUGCGCUAUGAGGGCGAGUGGCUGGGCAACCGGCGGCACGGCUACGGGCGCACCACCCGCCCCGACGGCUCCCGCGAGGAGGGCAAGUACAAGCGCAACCGGCUGGUGCACGGAGGGCGCGUGCGCAGCCUACUGCCUCUGGCCCUUCGGCGGGGCAAAGUCAAGGAAAAGGUGGACAGGGCUGUCGAGGGCGCCCGUCGAGCAGUGAGUGCUGCCCGCCAGCGCCAGGAGAUCGCUGCUGCCAGGGCAGCAGACGCCCUUUUAAAGGCAGUGGCAGCCAGCAGUGUUGCUGAGAAGGCUGUGGAGGCUGCUCGAAUGGCCAAGCUGAUAGCCCAGGACCUGCAGCCCAUGUUAGAGGCCCCAGGCCACAGACCCAGGCAGGACUCAGAAGGUUCCGACACAGAGCCCUUGGAUGAGGACAGCCCUGGGGUGUACGAGAAUGGACUGACUCCCUCAGAGGGCUCCCCUGAACUGCCCAGCAGCCCUGCCUCUUCCCGUCAACCCUGGCGACCCCCUGCCUGCCGGAGCCCACUGCCUCCUGGAGGGGACCAGGGUCCCUUCUCCAGCCCCAAAGCUUGGCCUGAGGAGUGGGGGGGCCCAGGUGAGCAGGCAGAGGAACUAGCUGGCUAUGAGGCGGAGGAUGAGGCUGGGAUGCAGGGACCAGGGCUCAGAGACGGUUCCCCACUCCUUGGAGGCUGCAGUGACAGUUCUGGAAGUCUUCGAGAGGAGGAGGGGGAAGAUGAAGAGCCCUUGCCCCGGCUGAGGACCCCAGGGGCCUUGGAGCCUGAUCCCAUGGCCACACCAGUCCUGAGGGGCCCAUCCUCAAGGGGUCCUGAAGCUGGGUGCCUGAUGGAAGAGCUUGAUGAGCCAGCUGCAACUGAGAGGCCUGCCCAGCCGGGAGCUGCCAAUCCCCUGGUGGUGGGAGCCGUGGCCCUCCUGGACCUCAGCCUGGCGUUCCUGUUCUCCCAGCUCCUCACCUGAGGCUCCUGCCUGACCUAGUUCUGGCUUCGGGUGCUGCCUCUUCACUCCUUUUACCUGCCUUUUUCUCUUUUUCUCCUCCUGACUGUUUUUUCUCUAAUCUUCCUCUUCUCUUUUUUCUUUUCUGUCUCCCUUUGUUUUUGUCUCUUGCUUUUUCUUUCCCCACUUUUCCUUUCAGAUUCUCUCAUUUAUUCUGGAUCUGUCUCUGUCUUCCUCACUCCCUUCCACCCCACCCCUUCUCUUUCUCUAGAUUGUUUACAUAUGAAGGGCUUUUCUUGCUCAGAGUUGCUCUCUUCUCUGAGACACACAAAUCUAAGUCAGACCAUUGCCCCACACCCUCCCCGCCUUUUCUUUAGACCUGAACUUGGAUGAGGGUGGAGGGUUGGUGUCUUGAGGAGUCUCCUGGAAGCGGAGUGGAAAGGAGGAAGAAUAUGGAGAAGGGAUGACUGUAUACUAGGCAAGGCACUGGCUGAGGUGCUGUGGCUCCCUAACCCAGGGACCUGGUAUCUCUCUAAGGCCAAGUGAAAAAGCUGGAGGAGAUACAACCACCAUCUCUGACCUUGAAGGAUCCUGUCUCCCCUCCAAGCACUGAGCUAGGUUCUUGCCUAACCCCAUCCUUCCCUGAAGGGGGUAUGGAGGGAAAUGGAAAGUGGAGUGACUCCCUAGCAUCUCCCACUUUCUUUCCUCAACAGCCAGCCCCUCGUCCAACCCAGCCCCCUCGGGUGGCAUGCCAUGUCCAGAUCAAUGUGUAAAGGAAAGAGCCCAAUGCAGCCAAGUCUACCACCCUCUUUCUUCCUCUAAAAAUUUGGUUGGUCUGGACUCACUUGUGGCCUUUGAUUAAAUUUCUAAGGGGCCUGAAGAAGACAUUCAUUCCUACUGCAGAGGUUUAGAGGCACUUGAGCAAGGACCCCACUCCCCAGCUCUGGCAGUUGUAUGGGUGGAGGCAGUUCUGAAGAGAAAUAGAACCAGACCAGGUAACAGGAACUCACAGGGCAGCACAAGCUGUGACAAGCUUAGUAGUCUCUAAGUGGGGUAUAUCUCUUCCCACAUCACAUCAGAAUCUUGUGACAUGGGAAAGCAACAGAAGGAGGGGAUCACAGGAAGCCAAUCUAUCACACACUUUCCAGGCGGGGCAGAGGUGGGCGUCAAACCUGGGUGAGAGGUGGGCGGAGAGCCCUGUUGGAGGUUGUGGCUGAUCUCUGGUACGAGCUUUUCCCCUGAGGGCAGGAAGCCCUAAGAAGAGGGUACUGUAAGGUCCCCAGGGGACCUUCCCUCCCUCCCCUGCAUGAGGCAGAGGCAAGCUGCCUGCCAACCCCCUCCCCCUCCUCAAGGAAUGGCCUUGCCUGGGAAUGCCCGCCACACACACCCUCUUUUUUUCUAGUCCAACCGUUUACUCCUUGGCCUGCCUCCCUCCUUCCCCCCCUUUCAACCUUUACUUCUGAUUUCUGUUUCAUGGAAUUUGGGAUUGAAGUUCAACUACAACAGUGCCGCCAACACCAAGUCUUGCAGGAAAAAAAAAAUACAAAGAAAUUUAACAAAAAAAAAAUAUAUUAAUAAAAAAGUUCAAAAAAGGGGGGGGAUUGUCAUCUCCUUUGGGGUGCGAUGGCUUCAAACCCAAGCUCUCUGAGGCUCCCUGGGUGGUGAAAAUGUACGAGGAGCCCUCUUGGGGAACUUCAGGCCUGUUACAAAGUCUCCCAGUCCCUAUAGAAGAGUCCUUCCCCCUAAACUCCAAAGCCUGAGGCCUGAGGUCAGAGGACUCAAGACGGCUCAGCAGGGCAGCCCAUGAGGGGCGGGGUCCCGUGAUGGGGGCGGGGAGAGGGAAGGACCAGACCAAGCACCAACCCCGGCCGGGCCCUGUACCAGGAAACGCCAGGGGGACAGGAACGGAGUUGAAACAGAAGCCA